CCCCGUGUCACGACGUUUUCCGAUACAGCACGUCCACGACGUUAUAUCCUCAGGGAGAGGGAAUCUCCAGAAAUAGAAAGAGGAGUGCCGCUGGUCAAGAAACGCUGGUCGAUUGCCAUCGCGUGUACUAUCGCUGGUGUAUCUGCAUGGACGCUGUUCUGGACAUAUAUCACGAAUAAGGAGAAAAUUUCCAGCUCGAUUGUACAGGAACUUAUACAUUUGCUUCGAAAUGAUCACUGGGUGAAGAUAAUUUUCGGUGAUGGGAUUGUCGCUGAAACUAAGUGGUGGCUCAAUGAACAUCCUAGGAUUUGUGGAUCGGUUGAUAUUCCCCAGGGAUACGUUGAUCUUAGCUUUAGGGUCGAGGGAAAUAACGGUUCAGAGACUGUGUACUUUACUAGUAUGCGGAGAGAUGAGACACAACCUUUUGAAAUAUUAAGGUUCAAACUCGUAGCAGAUGACGGUACAAUAUGUAAAGUCGACUCAGAGAAUUCUUAA